GCGCAUUAGUUAUAGAGCGCAAUAAUACAAGCGCACAUCACCAGGACUGUAUAAAUCUCACUACAGCAGUUUGACCUGCUUACAGAAGUGUGACUUGAUUCAUUGGAGCGGUUUUAUAAUCUUAACCUCGUGGGAAUAAAAAUGAAGGGGACUCGACACUGGAGCUUCGUGACUGUGUGGCUGCUGUGUUUUCUAAACGCUUCGGUUUCAGGCUCCUUCCCAAACGCUAAGAACGUCACUUGGGUUUCUUUCAAUUUCAAGACGAUAUUAACGUGGAGUCCGAAACCUACUGACUAUUCCUACACUGUGGAGUACUCAAAACUUGCUGAGGACAAUCAGAGGCCCAGUCAUUGCAUUCGGACGAACGAAACCGAAUGCGAUCUUACAGCUAAACUCACAGAUCUGAAAAGCAAAUAUAGAGCAGACGUUGUGUCCGAACCUUUGGCGGGCAUAACCUCUGAUCUCGUUGAAUUCCCCCGCACAAAAUCUGAGAUCUUCUGCCCCUAUCAAGACACUGAAAUCGGCAGUCCUACAGUUAAAUAUGAGGAAAGGAAAGAGGAGCGGAAAUUAAUCCUGACCAUAGAAGAUAUCCCAACAGCAGUCUACGAUGCACAGAACCGUCAGCUAACGAUUCAGGAUAUCUUUAAAACUGAUCUGCAAUACAAGGUCACUUACAAUAAAGCCAAGAGCUCUGGAAAGAAAGUGAAGACAAGUGCAAGCAGUCGGAUAGAGCUGACAGAUCUGGACAGAGGAGAGAGUUACUGCUUCAGUGUGCAAGUCUACAUUCCCACCCGGAGCAUUAACAAACAGCUUGGAGAGUUAAGUCAGAUUAUGUGCACGUCAGUGGACCCGUCUAUUACUGAUGAAUAUAGCCCUGCAGUAAUCGUUGGAGGUAUCCUGACCAUCAUUGCCAUAAUAUCAGCUGUAAUUGCUGCCAUAGUUAUUUGUACCAAACAACGAAAGAAUGCAAUGACAAGAGAAAAAGAGGGAGUACCUUUAAAGAGCGUGUGAGAACAGAAACACACACUCAUGGCAAAAAACACGGUACAGAACUGGACUAACCCUUUCAGAGGGUUGCAAUAUUACAGUGUUAAGCUGUAAUUCAUGCAGUUUCUGUGAAACUAAUCAAGGUAGACAUUACACAUAGGAUUUACUCUCUAACAGAUGUUUGCAGAUCUUUUUUUUUUCCAUCGGUACGUUCAAUCACUGGGAUUAUCUACUGUUUUUUUUUUAUAUAUUUCAUAAGCACUACCUUUUUUCGACAACAGUACUACUUUUAUAAUAGAUAUUUUAUUUUUGUAGCUGUGGAAUAGUGAUUAUAUGUAUAUUAGUUUUUAGUAAAAUCAUAUUUAUUGUUUGGUUAUUGUAUUUUUUGGUGAUUUAAUAGAUGUAAAACAAACUUAAAAAUCGAGAGCUUUACAUAACAUACAUACAGACAUACAUACACUAUACAUCUUUUGUUAGACAACUGAAGAAAAUGUGAAAUCUAUGGAAAAAGGUGCAAAAUGUGCAUAUUCAUUCCAUUUCGAACUUCAAAUAAAUUCUUAAAGAUCAUGGAGAUUUGUGUGUUUGGUGGUGUGUGUACUGUUUCAGCCCAUAGAUAUGGGCACACUGACACUGAGGAUCUGACUAGUGAACAAUUUCAUCAUUAAGUCAUUUCAUUGCACUUAACUGGACAUCACUGCUGUAAUGAAUGUGUUUCACCAAGAUGUGAAAGGAAGAACUUAAUUUUGAAAUGAAGUGUGGUUUUUAAACUGGUGAACAAGCAACACUACACAAUAUAUGAUUAGAUCAGAAACUGUUUUGCCGAGUUCAUUCAGAGCCAUUUCAUUAUUAAGCCUGUCAUAUGAUUCGUUUAGGCAAAGAGGUCUGAUACACACACUUACCAUCCAGCUGCAGGUAACUAACUAACAUCUUGUUCUCUGUCACCUCAAAGUAUACAAAACCACCUAAAGUCUGAUUCACUGCACUAGAAAACACUUGCCACGAUGACGGGAAGCUCUUCCUGUGGUGAGUGGAGUUAUUCAGGACAUCCCCGCUUCCGCUGACGACAAAUGAACUUCCAUCCUCUUCUCGGAUAAACUAAUGGACGAUAAAAGUUGAGUAUCCUAAAUCCUGUUCCACUUCAGUGUGAAUUACAUUUGAUUUAAAAAAAAAAAAAAGGGUGUUCACCUGUAAAUCAUGGUCAUGACCACUCAGAUAUAAAGUGACGUUGUACUUCUUCAGCAGUGGUCUCAGCUUCUGUACCAGACAGGGAGUAGGACCAUGGUGACCGAUGGACCACACAGGGUAGUGACCAGCCACCACAACAUAUUCAGACCUAAGACAGAAUAAAAGAUCAAAAUGGAGUUUUUUUUCUAUUCAGUUCAGUACAUUUUUUAGGUUCUGAGUCAUCCAGAUAUCUGAAUUAUCUUGCACUAGUAGGUCAAGGUAACAGAACAUGUUUAAUCUUACAUCUGGAGGCAAACUGAAGAAGUCUUGAUGAUAUACCAAGCAAAAUUCUUUUUAAUCAUGCUUUACUUUGGCAUGGGGUGUGCCCGUGUAACUCGGACUCUUUGUUUCCAAAGUAUUUACUCACAACUGUUUAAACAUGACUAAAGAUUUGUUGGGAGUCAUGGUAAUGUUGAGUACUAUACAUUUUCCGGAAAUCAGAUAUGGUUGCUUGUGUGAACAUUGUGCUAUCUGGUCACAGUCUGUCCUCAGGAAUGCUUGUGUGGAUGUGGGUAUGAAGGUGGAUUUGUCAGUGAAAAACAUGCUUCAGAGGCUUCAUAUUCCUUUUAAAGAAUUCACACUAAAGUUAUUGAGGAAAACACAUUUUUUUCAGCUCAGUCAUCAAAUUUCCCACCAUUUUGCGGUUUUCCUUCUGGUACGUAAGCAUGCUUUAACUUCCGUUUGUUCAGUUAAAUAUGAAUGUCUGGUUUCAUUCUGAACUGGUAAAUCUUACUUAGUGUUUUGAAGAGUCUUCUCGAUCCACUCAAACUGUUGUUCUGCAAAAGUGAGGUCCUCUGGUCCUUGGGGCUGAUCUUUGUCAUAAGUGUUCCCACACAAUAUUACCGUAUCAAUCAUCAGGACGGUCAUGGUGAUGUUGGUGUGAGGAACCUUAAAUCGCAGCUCAUAAUAGAGUUCAGGGAAAUGCCUAUGGAAUGAUGAAACAUCACAUUAACAGUAUAAAUGAUGUUGGGCAACUCUUAUGAGGAACCCAGACAGAAUGCAAUAUUUUGCCACGGCUGAGGAAGUUCACUCAAUGGCACACACUCACCACCUCUCAGACCUGGAUGAAUAGGCAAUUUGAGCUGACACAUUUCCCAAGUAGUCGUGAUUACCUGCCACCAGAUACCAUGGAAUAGCAAUCAGAGCUGGGUGAGAAAAUACAUUUUCAAAUGUCGCCUGAAAGCAGAAAGAGUGACAUUCAAACCCAUGAAUCUGUAUGUGCUUACAUUAUUAUAGUACUGAACGAAAUGGGAAAACUAAAUAGUAACUUUAAAAUAGUGAAAUUGUUCCUGUAACACAACCUCCACUAGAUGGCGUGUUUCACAUACGUUUGUUAGCAGCAUGUCACGUGAUUAACCAACAUUCGAGUGAGUGUCCCACUUAUACAAACUCCUAUUAAAUCAACCAUUUUGAACACAUCUUUUCAGAUAUAAAAAAACAGAAUCUAAUUGUUAGAGCAAAAAUCUGAAACAACUCAUGUUCACAAUUCCAAAUUUGACAGAACUAAAGCCAAGUGAAGGGCAGUGUUGGCUCGGUGGCUAGGGUUGUGGGCUUCUGAUCGGAAAAUUCUCACUUCAAAACCCGGCACCACCAAGCUGUCACUGUCUUUGAGGAAGGAACUUAGCACUGUUGUAUUUCACUAUGGAUAAAAGUGUUUGCUGACACAUAAAUAAAAAUUUGCACAUUCAAUCGUAUACAUAUCUCCAGUCACGAACGCCGAUGACAGACCUUGAAGCGUAUAUCAUCGAUGUCCUUGACGCCACUGUAAUAAAAGUGAUCUCCCAAACUCAAGACAAAGUCCAAGCCCACACUUUCAGCCACUCUACCCAUUUCCUGAGCUAUCCUCUGCUCCUGAGCUGUGUAGAAAGGGGAGAAGGGAAUGCCACCCCAGUCUCCAAUACCAACAAAACGCAGAGAACCUUAAGAGACACAACAGACACAGAGACAUGGAGAAAACUUGCUACCGAAACACAAACUGAGGAAAGAAACUGUUCGAUCAUACGUUUGAAAUUAAGUUAAACUGGACUAUGUAAAGCUAAAAACCUAUACAAAAUUAGUAUUUAAAAAAAGAGGCAAGCUGUGUACUCUGUUCCUGAGCUUGACAUGGCCCGUAGGUUGUCUGAAGAACAAAAAGGAGCAGAGCAGCCAGGCAAGUCAUGGCGUGUUUGAGGUCGAGAUCUGUGACGAAUAACAAUGUUAACACACAAGAAAAAGAGAGUUGCUGAUACAAAAAGUGCUUUCAGUUGUAAUUUGAUGAGGAAGUAGUUUGUGGUUUAAGACCUUCCUGUAUUGGCUUCAAAGGGGAAAAACUGUCAUGCAAACUACGUGUCAUCAAACCAUACUCAGACACAAAACUGAACUUUGCUGUAGUCUAAAUUACCAACAAUCAAUUACUAUUAUAACAGCAAUGGAAACAUAAUACCUGAUAUCACUUAUUCAUUCUCAAGCUGUUUAUGCUGAUGUUGAUAUUACAUUAUUAGAAUGACAAGGAAUUGUAAUAAAACGUUAGUUGUAAUUUUCUUACAGACGGACUGAGUUUCUGACUUGAGGCUCUUUGCUGGCUUCUUCAGUAAUCAUUAACCAAAGUGGAAUAGCAGCUUAUGGUCACACCAUCACAGCAGCUCCAGUAAGACUGACGAUAGCUGAAGGAAGCAGCCUUUAACCCGGUAAGCACAGGGUGGGGUGAAGACUUGAUAAGGUGCUGCUGUCUUCACUAAGACUAAAGUGUUGAAAUGGAAAACAUUACCCAAACAUGACCCUACACAGAAAAAUAGAAAUCAGAUACUGUUUCUGAUAAAGGAUGAUAUUUACAUACAUGACUGAAAAAAAUGUAUUGAUGUAUUUUGUGUUUCAAAAUAAUCAGUAAAUAAGAGGGGAAAUACUGAGGACCCAAUGUAGUUAUUUCUAGUCAGGGUGUACGGGUAAAUGAGGGUGUGAACUGAACAACCCUUCACCCACAUUUAACACAUGGCCAUUAUCUUCCCAGUGUGUCUACAACUAAGGCAUAGGUUAAAGAUAAAGCAUGUUACCCCUCCAGUGCAAGCCACAGAUGAAAAGAAAAAGCACACAACCACAAAAGUACAGAUCCAUAAUGUUUUUAAUGAAACUGCCCCAGUGAGUAAACUCUAGUGCUAUGGAUUAUUUGCGGUUCUGGUUUACUAGAUGUCUUUUGUGUACAAAAUCCAAGAGGUCUACAGAGAUAUUUUUGUCAUAAACAACAGCUUGGACAAACAUUAAAUGUUUCGUGGAACAAAACGGUGCAUUCAGGCAACCAUUAGGCAAUUACAGACAGUAAUGUAAAUAGUACAAGGCGUUCUGGCUUGCAAAUCAGUGCAAUCUACCCCAUGAUCGCUUACCAUCGAAGGUAACAUGCUCGCAGGACAGGUCCAUUAAACCAUCUUAGAUGGGCCACACAGUAGACCCACCACACAUCACUACGUUAAGUACUAAGGCCACUUAGUAGAUGGUCAUUUUAUAACAGUUAUAUUAUCCUGGUGUCAAAAAAGCCAUAUUAAUUUACUAGCACUUCAAGAAUCCUGAUCAAACGCCAGGCAUUGAUUUCACAUAGAGAACCAUACAGGCUGAUUCCUAGCGCAUGAUUUUAAUCUAAAACAUGAUUUAGUUCACAUAUAAGAC